AUGAGCAAUCUUGAGAAAACCCUCUUCCAGUUAAAGUUUACAGCAAAGACUCUGAGUCGCCAGGCGAAAAAGGCUCAGAAAGAUGAGAACAGCGAGAAACUACGACUGAAGAAGGCACUACAGCAGGGCAACAACGAUGGAGCUCGUAUCUACGCCUCAAACGCAAUUAGAAAGAAGAGCGAGGCACUCAAUCUACUUCGUCUAUCGAGCAGGAUAGAUGCGGUCGCCAGCAGAGUAGAGACAGCCGUUACAAUGCGUCAAGUGACUGGGAACAUGACUUCAGUUGUUCGUGGAAUGGAUAAAGCUAUGGACAGCAUGAAUCUCGAACGAAUAUCGAUGGUCAUGGACAAAUUUGAGGCCCAAUUUACCGAUCUCGAUGUACAAACCUCCUACAUGGAAGAUGCCAUGAGUUCGACAACCGCAACUUCUACACCCCAAGACCAGAUCGAUCAGCUCAUGCGUCAAACAGCAGAGGAAGCCAAUAUAGAGCUUCAACAUGACCUAGCUGCGAAGGAAAUUCCUUCCUUAGCUGAUCUUUCUCCCAAGGAGAAGGUCCAAGAUGAAGAUGACAAACUGGCAGAUCGACUGCGGGCGCUGAGACCCGCAACAUGA